GCGGGUUGGGCCAGACUCCAAUGAAUUUACAGAGCUACCGACCGACCGAGGGAGAGGAGAAAAGUCUGGCGCACACACACGGCUGUAAUCUCCAGAAACACCGCGGUAAACCGACACAAAAGUGUGAAAAGGAGAAGUUGCGGUCCUGGUGUGGCUUCCGCUUCUUCUCGGCUCCUUCACCUCCUUUUCUAGCUCGUACAAACCAAUGUGGGAUAGAUAGUGAUUGGAGUUGACAACCCGCUCCACUACUGUAUGUGCUCUCCUCCCUCCUCUCCCGCUCCACACAAACCAGGAAAUCGUCGAGGUGUGCUUCUCUAUUCCGUUAGUGGCUACCCCGUUUGCGGGUGUAGAUGCGUGUUUUUUCGCCGAUUUGUCUCGGUUUUUUAUUUCACUAGUUUGACUUUUAAAGCCCGGGCACAGCUCUGAAGUCAGCCAAACUUGCCUACGAGGAGAGGAGCUCCACUCUGGCCGAACAAUGAGUUUCAACUAACAGGGACACAGACAUGAUGACACCGUGGAGCAGGUUUUUCUGACCUUGUGAGUCGAGUAUUUGCCAGGCUCGGGCCACUGUGAUGAUAUAUGACGAUGGCAAUAAGAAGUGGCUGCCGGCGGGCGCUGGAGCCCAGGCCUUCAGCAGAGUCCAGAUCUAUCACAACCCCACCAACAAUGCCUUCAGGAUAGUGGGACGCAAGAUGCAGACGGACCAGCAGGUGGUUAUAAACUGUCCAAUUGUGAGAGGUUUGAAGUAUAACCAGGCCACACCCAAUUUCCACCAGUGGCGGGAUGCCCGGCAGGUGUGGGGGCUCAACUUUGGCAGCAAGGAGGAUGCUGCUCUGUUUGCCAAUGGCAUGGCUCACGCUCUGGAGGUGCUCAACUCCAUAGCGGACGCAGGCUAUGCAACACUUCCCCGCCCAGUGUCAAAUGGACCUCCUGCGGAAGAUCUUGAGCAACAGCGGAGAUUGGAGCAGCAGAGGUUGGAACAGCAGGAGCGGGAGCGACAGGAGAGAGAAAGACAGGAGCGGGAGCGACAGGAAAGAGAGAGACUGGAGAGAGAAAGACAAGCUGCUGCAGUCCCAAUUCCUCCAGCUCCACCGUUGGCCCCUGGAGGCCCCGCUCCUCCACCAGUCCCUCCUCCACCCCCUGGCCCUCCUCCUGCUUCUAAUAUCCCUCCCCCGCCGGGACCACCUCCCUCAGGACCUCCACCGGCUCCACCCCUGCCUGCUGCAGGAGGAGGAGGAGGAGGAGGAGGAGGAGGAGGAGGAGAUGGAGGUGGUCUUGGAGGGGGAGGGGGCUUGGCGGCUGCCCUAGCAGGAGCUAAACUCCGUAAAGUAUCCAAGCAGGAGGACGGAGCCCCUGCAACUCCCAUAGGUAGAGCUGACUCUAACCGCAGCAGCAACUCUUCUAUUGGAGGAGGAGGGGGAGGUGGAGGAGGAGGCGGCGGCGGCGGUCUGAUGGGUGAAAUGAGUGCCAUCUUAGCAAGAAGGAGAAAAGCGACAGACACUGGAGAGAAGCCACCUGUGAAGACACAAGAUAAUGAUGAUUCAGAGCCUCAAGGUCAGAGCGACACCAUGAGAAGACCUUGGGAGAAAUCGUCUAUGAUAAGGAAUAACUCCAUCACCAAGAGCAUGGACUCCACUUCUUCAUUGUCCCAAGGUUCCAGGGGGAAGCCUGCAGGAAACAGUAACGAUGCAGGUGGCAUGGAUGACUCGGAUUUAGAGAAAAUGAAACAGGAGAUCCUGGAGGAAGUGCGGAAAGAACUACAAAAAGUCAAGGAGGAAAUUAUUGGAGCCUUCAUUCAGGAGCUGCAAAAGAGAAGCACAUAGUUCUGCAGAGUGUCAGGUGUAACGGAGGAAUGUGAUAGAUGGAGGUGGUUGAGGCCCACUGGGACCUCUCCUCCACUGCGCCCUCCCAUGUAGCCCAGGGAUUUCUCUUUUUCUCCUACACAUUUUCUCUUUCUUACACAAAUACAUGUGAGCAUACUUGCUUGUGUGUACAUCAUGCAUAUACACUUCAUGUAAAUGGUAACCCAGGGAACCUCCUCAUGUCGCCAAUCCGCCACUUUUGAUGAUCACUCACUAACAUUGCAGCGGUUAUCCCAUCUAUCCCAUCUCUCCCGUGUUCGUUCAUCCCGUCCCCUUGUGUCCUCUUUGUGUUCUGUUCAUCUGAACCAAUUCAGAGCACAUAGCUACAGCCCCAGUUGCUCUUCCAAUUCGUCAUCAUGUACACCCAUCAUAACCCUCUUUUCUGCAUAAAUCCCGCUACUUGUGUCUUCUCCCUUCUCCUAUCAGACGCAACAUUUACUGAUAGAGCACUCUUCAGUAUUCAGGGACAACGUAUUGGUCACAUUUUUACUGUAAUAGCAAAAUGCUGGCAUGCUGGGAUCCUUUUUUUUUCUGUCUUUGUCAGUUGGCAGACAGUUGUUCAACCUCAAACACUGCUACAGAUAGUUCAGUUCAGACUUCUGCUAGUAGGUUAUUGUCUCUAAUGGUAGUUGGAGGUGGAAAAAAACGACCAUAAAUCGAGGACGGAGACUCCAACUCCCUGACUACUGCAGUGUCUCUCCUACAAGUGGACUUUGAGCUCCCAGCAAUGGCCAAGAACUAAAACAGCACAACACAGGCCUUCACUGCUGCAAGAUAGAGAAGUUGGAGGAAGAGGAGACAAGCAAAGGGAAUCUGAUGGACAACCUGAGUGCUGUGAAAGGGGAGUGUGUUGUAGUUUUAUGAUGUGUGAGAAAUUUAUUUUCUUUGCAUUGCACUUGUUCCAGAGGAAGUGUGUCUGUAUGCCACACUGCCUUGACAGACUAUUCCCUCUCACUCAAAAUGAGAUAUUUGUUGGCCAGUGCAGUGGUCUUACACUGUGCUUCCGCUAGUUAUUUUCUUCCAUUCUAGCUAUGUUUUCUAACUUUGAAACAUGAAAAAUGGCCAUGAUGAGGUCAAUUAAUUUGGCCACGACCAACUGCCUUGAGAAUAAAUAUAUAAAUAUAUAUAUAUAUGGAAAAUAUAUAUUUGUUUUGAGGGAAAAUGUUAGCAAAAAUGAAAUGGUGUUUCUAUUUUAAUUGAAAUGACUGGUGAAUGGGGAUUUUGUUUUCCUUUUUUUUUUUUUUCUUUUUCAAUGAUUGUUUUCUUAUGAAAUGUUAUUUUGGGUUUACUGUUUCUUUUUUCUAAUAGAGUCUAGGCUUUUUACACUGAAAUAUUAAGAAAACAGCUUAGAGACACUGGAUUAGAAAUGCCUUUAUAGUCGAAUACAGCUGCUUCUUGAAAAAUGCAUUACUUUGUCUUGAGUCAUCUUUUGCAUCCUGUUGUAAGAUUUAUUUGAAUUCAGACUAGUGACAUUUUAUGAACUAUGGGGCUGAAAUGCACAAACGUCCUUGCUCUGAAGUCCAAACUGUUUAGUAGAGAGAUUUGAAAGAAAAAUUAAAAACAUGAAAAUAAAA